GGCAGGCGCCAGCCGAGGCCGAGCGGAGAGGCAGCCCGGCCAGGCGGCGGCGGGCAGGGCUCGUCCGAGGAGGAUCGAGAUGACCACAGCCACCCCUUUGGGGGAUACCACCUUCUUCUCGUUGAACAUAACCACCAGGGGAGAAGACUUCCUGUAUAAGAGUUCUGGAGCCAUCGUUGCUGCCAUCGUGGUGGUUGUCAUCAUCAUCUUCACCGUGGUUCUGAUCCUGUUGAAGAUGUACAACAGAAAAAUGAGAACCAGGCGGGAGCUGGAGCCCAAGGUCCACAAACCAGUCUCCCCUUCUGCCCCAGGCCCGAACAACAACAGCAGCCAACAGCCUGCAACAGUGACCUUCACCCCUGUCGACGUCCACAUGGAGAACCGAUGACCCCCACCCUUGUGCUCUCUUGGCCACCAUUCACAGAGCCUUCUCCAGAGUCAAGACCAAGAAGCCCAUUUCUCCUCUGGCAGCUUUACUAUGAGUUCUUCCAGUCAGGUCAACAGAGGCAUCUUUUAUGCAGUCCCUGAUGCUUCAUACUACCCCUCAACGCCAUCCUGGCCUGCCCCACCCCAACUAUGCCAUGUCCCUGCUUCCACCCUACCAAAAAACUGCAGAACUUUCUUCUGUCGUCUGAUGAAGUAGAGCUAUGUUGGGAAUCCAUUGGUAUGGAUUUGGCUCUCUCUCCCCCCAAAAGACUAUAGCUAGACAGACAGAUAGACAUAUAGCCCAGGAGUCUUCUGGUCAGGAGUCAGGUGUGAAGGCAUGCUUCUCAGAGCCUCACAACAGAGUCAGCCAUUGGGGUCAUCUCAGAGUCAGUGCCAAACUCACAGCUUUGCAGAGCGAAAUAUUCUAUCCCAUAACCAGGCACAGAGGAACUAACUUGGACUAACUAAUCAGAAAACCCACUGGCCAAUUUAUAACUUUUUCAAGUACUAGAUGACCAUUAGCUAGCUCCUGACAACUGGUCAGCACGUGCUCCCCUCUUCAAGUUACUGGAAAGCCUGAAUGCUUCUCAAAAGGUUUCUUUUUCACUAGUACAGAGUCAGAGUGUACAGAAUUGUGACCUUGAGGAAUAAUGGUCUUUAGGUUGAGCUUGCUGCAGUGUCCAUUGUAGUGGACAUUGCCUGGAGCAAUCCUGAUGGCUGUUCAGGGUUCCUCCUCCCCCUACGGGGCUGAGCAAGUCUGACCCAGUGUCAUUUCUUGGUUUCAAGUGUUUGGAUUCCAAGGGACUCUGAAUCCCCUGUUAACACUUUCCGUCCAUUGACCAGUAUUUGGAGACUG